GCUCUCCCGCAGACAUCAAUUGUCGGUUGAAAGCCUGAAAGGAUAGCGUACAUAUUCAACGACGUUGCGCACAACACCACUGUAGUGCCGUCAGGCACACGCGUAGAAAUCUGAUCGCAUUCAUCAGCUGCUACUGAUCAGCUUGGAAGUAAGUUCAUUGAGGCAGAAUUGGGGGUGCCAGCGCGUGGGGACCGUCAUACCGUGCGUCAGCUCCAUGUACUCGAGUACCGAGACCACCAUGAAUAGGUCGGUAGAAGUACUUUCAAUAUCAAAGCUAACACCCUUGCUAGGCGCACUUUGCGGUGCUUCUCCGAUUUCCCUUCACUCCAGCCAAAAGCGGUAGGCGCGCUCGAGAAGCGAUCGGGUCCUAGAAAAUGUCGUCCUAUUCCUCCCCAAAUGCGCUGGGUACCGACGGCCCUACCACGUACAGCUACCCCAACAACAACCAGCAGCAUCGCGAUUCCGAAUUGCCUAACGCCGAAGAUCUCGACCUCGAAGCUCGGUUGACCCGCGGUCUUGAGCCAAAUAUGAGUACCGCUUCGCCUGGAGGAGUAAUGACGGACGGUCAGGACGAACGAAGCCAUGAGGCUAUCGCGCAACAGCAGCAACAACAGCAGCAUUAUGGACAAGAGCAAGGAAGUCGUACACCGUUAUUGCCACCGGCCCAUUCCCCAAUGUUGCAACCAGCACACUCGUCGAUGGAGCAAAUGGGAAGUCAGUACAUGCCCCAAGAAGACCAGACUGCGCCCAGGAAAAGAUCAAAGGUAUCGAGAGCUUGUGAUGAAUGUCGGCGCAAGAAGGUCAAGUGCGAUGCUUCAGAGGAUGGCAACAACGAAGUAUGCACAGGUUGUAAGCGUGUGGGUAUGACUUGCAAGUUCAGUCGCGUGCCUAUGAAGAGGGGUCCAAGUAAAGGGUAUCUAUAUCCAAGUGAGAGUGCAGAUCGAUCAGAGCUAAUGUUGGUAUCAAAAAGAUACAUCAAGGAGCUCGCAGACAGACUUCAUACCCUCGAGGGACAUGUAGCGGCGAAUGGAGGAGAGAAUGCGCCGGCCAAUUUUGUGGGUGAUCACUUACAGCAUAGGGAAUCCGAUGAAUUUUCUCCGCCUCCGAACAGCGAGAAUACACAAAGGAAAAGAACCUUUUCAAAUCUCUCUACUGAUUUCGGUCCUUCUUAUCAGAUUUAUCGACAGACUGGGGGCCUUACAAGGCAAGAGAACUCGCGGCAGGCUCAGGCAUUCCGGGAACCAAAUUAUCAUCAGAAUGGCCUUCAUCCAUCUGCACAGUGGAGCAAGGCACCUGAAACCUCGAGCCAGCAAAAUUCUUUUGAUGCUUCAGUUGACCUUGCCAAAUCUCAACACAAUUUCUGGAAUGAGGAAGUUGUGACCACGUACGUGAAUCUGUCCCUCGUUGUUCUGUACUUUGGCUGACAAUAACUAGAUAUUAUACCCUGAUACAUCCAACCUAUCCGAUACUACAUCACUCCAAGGAUAGAUUAAGUACCGGACUUUCGUUAUGCCCUAGUGUCUUCAGAGAAGCGUUUCACGAAUCUCUCUUUGUAGCUGCGCAGGCAUUUCAGACUUCUCCUGAUCAAAACAAUGCUCAACAGAGUCUAAAAAGAGCUUCCCAGCUUGUGGUCGCGCUUCAAUAUGAAAACAACCCAUCGACUUCAACAACUCUUGUAUAUCUGCAGGCAACAAUGCUCUUGGCGAUCGCAUCCGAAAUUCUCAUCGUGAGAGGUAAAGCUGGAUCUUCUCGGUCAUUUUGGCUAUCUAGCGCUGUUUCGCUGUCAUAUGAUUUUAAAUUACAUCAGUACAGAGGACAAGAUAACAAUGUUGCAAACGAUGUCGACGCAGAAGAGAAUGUCACACGAAGAAUCUGGUGGAUCUUGGUGAUCAUGGAAAGAUGGCAUGCUUCAAGUGUUUCGAGCCCGUCACAAAUACCCGAGUCAAGUAUUGUCGUUCGUCCAGAGGAUCAACAGAUUUUGGGCGACGCCCUCUACCACUUAGCUCGUAAGUCUGUUUCGUGCUAUGCAUGAGAAUCUUGCUAACUAUUUAGGGCUUUCUAUUAUCCUUGGUCACAUUUCUAUGGCUCAUGUAACUACAAAAGACAUUCCCCCUCUCGGUGUUCCGGUCAUUCAAUUGCUUGAAGAUGUGCUUCGGGGUGAGGUGGAGCGCUGGCGUGAGACUCUUCCUGCUUCAUUAAGUAGUUCACCCCUUGUCCUUUUGUGCUAUUGGCAUGUAAGAAUAUACUUGGAGCUUCGAAACGCCUGGCCCGAUCCAUCCGAGUUACUAAUGGCCGCGAAACAUAUCGCCUCUUGUGUUGGUCAAUCUCCGGUUCUCAAUAGGCCCUUGGUAUAUUACCCCGCCUCUCUCGCUGCCUUGGUUCUUGUCGAUUUGACCGCUUUCGAAGAGGGCACGAGAGAAGUAGCUGAGGAGGCACUGGAUUCUCUUCCAGCCGGCUCCGUGCCUUCGGCCUUUGAGGGUACGCUGCGAGAGAUGAGGAAUAGUAAGCGAGCAUCACAAUUUGGCAAUACUGAUGCCAUGACGAUGAUUGCGAACACGGGGCUCCAGCAGCUUGCGGCUGCGGCUACAGAUGGGGGGAAUGGAAUCUUGACGGACAUAACUCUUGAUGUACCGAAAAUGGGUGAGAAUCGGACGUAUUCUAGUCUGAGAGAUGCGGUUCAGAGCGGGUUCUUUGGUGUUCUGAGAGGAUUGAAUUAAGGGGAUCUUCGGGCGUUCUUUUUCCGACUUUGGCUUUGAAUCGUAAUGGAAUACCCCUUCUACGUUGUUUUUGGUUAGUGUAGAAUAGAAAGAAAUUAAAAUGGGA